UCUCUCUCUCUCUCUCCCUUUCUCUCACUCCCUCACACAAGCUGCGCCCGGGGGACCAGAUAGUCUCUCCUGCAUCCAGCGGAGCACACGCUCAUUUCUCCACACACCAGCUCUGAGUGAGAACUCAGUAGGGGUGUCUGGGAUAGCUGGUAAAGGGACGUUUCUGGGAUUGCUACCAACCAGACACACAGAGAGCAGGGGAGAGACAAGAAUGGGCAAAUCCGAAAGCCAAAUGGACAUCAUGGAAAAAUCUACCAAACCAGGAAAGCGCCGUUGGACUGUUGCGGAGAUCGGACUAUCUGUGUUGUUGUUGCUGGUCAGUUGCGCUCUGGCCGGUCUUAUAGUCCUGUACACAUCUGCUCUGAAAGAGCGAAGUAACAGACCAGGUGUGUCCAGGAACUCAGUCUCUGAAGGGCAGCUGUAUCGCUCCAGCAUCAACAAUGUGUGCACAACUCCGGAGUGUGUGACAGCAGGUGCCCGUCUCCUGCAGAACAUGGAUGCCACUGUGGAGCCAUGUCAGAACUUCUACCAGUACGCUUGCGGGGGCUGGCUGGAGAGCCACGUGAUUCCAGAGACCAGCUCUCGCCACAGUGUCUUUGACAUCCUGAGAGACAAGCUGGAGAUUGUGCUCAAAGGUGUUCUUGAGACAGAGAACGAACAGGACCGGGAAGCCAUAAGGAAGGCCAAAACCCUCUACACCUCCUGCAUGAACGAGAGUCUGAUUGAGCAGCGUGACUCCCAGCCCCUCCUCAGGCUCAUUGACAGUGUAGGAGACUGGCCUGUUGCCUCGGAGAACUGGAACAGCACCACGGAGGAGGCUUGGAGUCUGGAGGACACGCUGGUCAAACUCACCUCUCGCUUCCACAAGAAGGUGCUGCUGGACAUGUACGUGUGGACGGACGACCGCGACUCCAGUCGCCACAUCAUCUACAUCGACCAGCCCGGACUGGGAAUGCCAUCCAGAGAUUACUACUAUAACGAUGGAAACUACAAAAAGGUGCGAGAGGCCUACUUACAGUUCAUGGUUUCCAUGGCGAAGAUCGCACGUGAGGACCGGAACUUGACCCAGGAUGACGAGCGCGUGUGGGAGGAAAUGCUGCAGGUGCUGGAGCUGGAGACAGACGUUGCCAACGCGACGUCCCCAGCCGAGGAGAGGCAGGACGUCACCGUGCUCUACAACAAGAUGACCCUCAGCGAGCUCCAGGACACCUUCAGUCUCAACGGCUUCAACUGGACCCGCUUCGUCCAAGGAAUACUGUCCAGUGUGGACAUUGAGUUGCAGCAGGACGAGGAGGUGGUGGUGUACAGCGCCCCCUACCUUGAAAAGAUGAACAGCGUUCUCUCCAAACACAGUGUCAGAACCAUGCAGAACUACCUGACGUGGCAGCUCCUCAUUGAGAGAGUCAGCAGCUUGAGUCGGCGCUUCAAGGACGCCAGGUCCCAGUACAGGAAGGCUCUGUAUGGGACCACUGUGGAGGAAGCACGUUGGCGGGAUUGUGUGCGUUAUGUUCAGAGCAGCAUGGAGAAUGCCGUUGGAGCCCUCUAUGUACGGGAGACCUUCGCUGGGGAGAGCAAGCGCAUGGUGAGUGAUCUCAUCAGUAAGAUCCAGGAAGCGUAUGUGGAGACUCUGGAGGAGCUGAGCUGGAUGGAUGGCCCCUCCAAGGAGAAGGCAAGAGAGAAGGCCAUGGCCAUCAAGGAGCACAUUGGAUACCCGGAUCAUAUUCUGGAAGACAGCAAUCAGAAGCUGGACCAGGAGUAUGCACAUUUGAAUUUCAGCGAGGAAAACUACUUUGAGAACAUCCUGGAGAACCUCGAGGCCGAAGCCCACAAGAGUCUUAAGAAGCUUCGUGAGCCUGUGGACCCUGACCUGUGGAUCAUCGGUGCUGCCGUGGUGAACGCCUUUUACUCGCCAAACAGAAACCAGAUUGUCUUCCCAGCUGGAAUCCUGCAGCCUCCCUUCUUCAGCAAGAAGCAGCUUCAGGCUCUCAACUUUGGGGGGAUUGGGAUGGUGAUUGGACAUGAGAUCACCCAUGGCUUUGAUGACAAUGGGCGUAACUUUGACAAGGAUGGUAACAUGCUGAACUGGUGGAGUAACUACUCAGCGGAGCACUUCAAGGACCAGUCACAGUGCAUGGUUCAACAGUAUGGUAACUUCCACUGGAAGCUCGCGGGGGGACAAAAUGUCAGUGGAAUCAGCACCUUGGGGGAGAACAUCGCUGAUAAUGGAGGAGUUCGACAAGCCUACAAGGCCUACCUGAAGUGGGUCGAGAGAGAGGGGGAGGAGCCUCGUUUGCCUGGUCUGGACAUGGACCAUAAACAGCUGUUUUUUCUGAACUUUGCCCAAGUGUGGUGUGGUGCCUAUCGGCCUGAAUAUGCCAGCCAGUCUAUCAAAACAGACUCCCACAGUCCCCUAGAAUACAGGGUACUUGGCUCCCUGCAGAACUUCGGUGCUUUUGCCGAAGCAUUCCAGUGCAAAAAAGGCACUCCCAUGAACCCUGAGUCCAAGUGUCGGGUGUGGUAGUCCUCUUCUGCCCUCCCUGUGGUAUUUCUUGACAGGGGACAGUGGAACACAAGAGAACAGUUAGCUACCCACCAGUGUUCCACAAACCUCACAGUCAUGUCCUGCCUCAGAGCUUGUCUCAUUUAUUUACAUGGCAGGCAAGGGGGGGGGGGGGGGGGGUUACUGGGUUAUAUACGGAGACAUUCACACCAAUGUGCAAAUAUUCAGUAUCAAUUGACUGGUUACUGCUUGGAUUACACUCCAGCUUCAUGGCUCCAAACAGACUCAAACUGCAACACGGCAGGAGAACACCUGCUUGAGUGUGUGUGUGGCUUCUCAACUUAGAACUUGUUGCAUGUGGGUGAAUAGUUAACUUGUUGGCAAGUGGAUUAGCUGUGUACUGUACCACUGUGGUUGGUUCCUGGUUUAUAGGACGCGUAUGACAGGGCACCUUCUAAUCUGGGAAAAUUUUGACCUUGUGAAAUAUUGUACACUUUAGGGCUAUUGCCUGACUUUAAAUGUUUUGACCGCCUUUAAAAAAAAAUCACGCCCUGAAGUUAUCCAACCUACUUGGGCUUUCUGUCAAGUCAUAGGGAAAUACUCAAUCCUUUGAAGUCCACAAGUGGCUAACAGUAGGGUUAGGGUUAGACAGUAACAGUAGGUCUUUGUGCUCCAAAACUGUUGUUGUGCCGACAGGAACGAAACAUCAACACUAGGUCUCUUAUAACAACACAAGGAGGAAGGCUGGAGUGAGCCGGAGCUGGACAUAGUCACACACGCUCGCUGGGCUUUGUUCAGUUUACCUGAAGACGUAAAGACUGUUAGAAAUCAUUUGCAGCUUUAACCUUUAAUGGACAUGAAAACUUAACAUUUGGAAAUGUUUUUUUCUUUGCUACUGUGUGACUCGUAGACGAUACAGUGUCUAUCGGAGAUGUGCUUGCAAAGAUACUUAGUGUUUGUUUAGUGAAAUAGCCUUGAACUAUAUAAUUUGGAAUUUGUUCAUGAUGUUCAGCCAAGGAGAGUAUUUAAUUCAUGAUGGAUACACAAUACUCACAAUAACCUCAAGAUCCAUGUUGUGACGAUGUUGAGGUAGAUUUACAGAUAAUUUCAUAAUUUAGCUGGCACCACAAAUACUGUCAGAGAGGGCAUCGUUAUGUAAAGUCCAAGUCUAUGAAACAUUUUUAAUAUUCCUUGCAUAGAGAGAAAACAGACUACCCACAAUGUAAUAGUUUUUUUUCACAGGCAUCACUUGGUGUGUGUCUCUGGCUGUAGGGUAGAGGCCACCUGUCUCAAACAGAUGCUUCUCUGACUUAGCCUCAGCUGGUGUCACAGCUGCAAAACAGGACUCGUGAUCCGAAACGAGAUUGAAGUUGGAGAUUUACACACGGGCACAUACACACAGACAGACAGACAUCCACACAAACGUACACAUCCACACGCUCACACACACACACACACACACACACUCGACUCUUUCUGUUUUGAAAACAUUGUCUCGCAUCAUUAGUAAUGUCUGAGUCUGUGUUCCUACAUAAAGACCGGUGGCUGUUACUUUGACCUGGACCAGAUCUCAAGAGCUCCUUUCACUGUGCUCUUGAACAUGUUCCUAAUGAUGGUUCUUAUCCUGUGUGAGCUACCUUGGGCUGCCAGAGACAACUGAUAGGGGCUACUUCACACUUCUUUGGAGUGAGAAAUGGAGUCAGAAACAUGUCACACAUUCUGAAGGUAUUUAGUGAGCUUCGGGAAAAAAAUGGAUGUAUACAUAAAAGCAUCAGCCGUGAUUGAACACAUAAAACAUCCUUUGAAAGAGUAGCUCCAUUCAGGCUUCAGGCUUGAACUAGACUCUGAGAGCUGAGGAUCGGAACACCACUUAGAUGUUGAGUUAGGGAUGUGUAGAGAAAAUGAUUGGGGGAAAAAACCCAUAAAGCUUGUGAAUGAGAAAGGCUGUCGACCGGAGCAGGGACUACUGGGUAAACACUUUGGGGAGGAAAAUGGUUUCUCAUUACAGGAGCGGUCAAGGCCAGGACUGUUAUUUUCUACCUUGAUGAACCGGUAGUGAAAGCGAAACUGAAGAGCAGAACAUGAGAGUGGGAGAAAAGCUACCUGGCAGCAUGUUUAAAAGGGGGCCGUGUUAGAUGGCCACCGCUUUGGACAUAGAAAAUGUUGUUUUGGACAGCGAUCUUGGAAAUAUAAGAACAGACAGUCACUGACAUCGAUGUUUCUGGAAGCCUUGGUCACUUGAACAUGACUGUUAUGUGUCUCAUUCGAGACUGAUGAAUGUAUAUAAUAUACAGUAUCUGCCUUUGAAGUUUUAUCUAUAUUUACUCUUAGCCUGUUUACGUAUUUUACUGGCUUAUACUGUUGUACCGUGCAGGGGAUUAUUACAGCUUUGUGACUAGUGACUGUUUUACUUGGUCUGUGAGUGGUGAAAAAAAGCCUGUUAACCAGACCUGGGUCAAAUAGAAUUUGUGAGUGUUUUCCUUAAGUGGGCAUGGUGGUCCUGGCCAUGGGUCUGCCUCUGGGCACGUUUAUUUGCUUUCAUUGCGUUUGAAACAGUGUCCAUUGCGCAUAGGUAGAGUACCUGCAGAUAUUUGCCCCAGGCUGGUCUGCUGCCUGCUGUGAAGCAGAUAUCCAUGAGGUGGAUGAGGAGUUAGGAGAUGUAACUGCUCCAUAGGGACAGCGACAGCUGAGACUGAGGUUUAGGAGAUAAGCAACACGGCGUUUACGAUUUAUGCUUUGAUGGCUGGGGUAAAUACAAAUCUGAAUCAUUUACUUUUGAAAUAUCUACUUUGUUGUACGUGUAUCACCCACAGAAUAAUGUUAUUAGGGCUGUGCAUCUGAUUUUAAACCUACAUAUAUUGCACAAAAUCACUUAGUAAGUCGUAAAUAAUGUACUUCAGUUCACACGUUCAUUUGAACUAUAACAAAUGAACAGUGUUCAUUGUUUAAAAGUAAGUAGUAGUAAACCAGAUUAAUUUAAUCUGAGCGCAAACCACAAGGCCCCAUGAAACGCAGUGUAGUACGCCCCCAUUCCACAGACUCUAGUCAUCUGCUGCCAUGAACAGAACCAGAAUGUUGUCCAGGAGGACAGUCAGUGUCUGAGAGGAAACCACAGUUACCUGAGGACAAAAACCACUAUUUACAUAGUGACAUCAGCCUGUAAAUGUUCUUCUAAAGCUUUAUAUUUUUGGGUUUGGUCAAAUGAUGCUAUAUUCAGUCAAAUAUCAAGUGCAAAUAUGUAGACUAACAGCUAUUUUUGCGACUGCGACAAAUCUGUAUGUAGAAUUUUGCAUUGAUUGUUCACUGGGAGGAUUCCAGUGUCUGUGCCCAUCACUGACAGCCCAUGCUCAUCUUUCAAGGUCACUGUCUCGUUUGACAUGUGACCCUCUCUUGAUACUCUGAAUAUGUGCUGUAUUUUGUGAUUAAAUGCAAAACAAUAUUGUGUAAUGUGUCAUAUGCAAUUUGUUAACCGAUAUCUUGGUGUAAAAACUAUCCAGUAUCGUGGAUUAAAAUAUAUUGUCUAAGCAACAAA